AUGGGCGGGGUUUCCUUCUUCAAGUAUUACUUUUUCUUUCGUUGCUCUUCGUUCGUGAUCGUCCUUUCUCAAUCCAUUUCAUCUUCCUUUCUUUUAUCUCCGCCCCUCUUUAACUUUUGUCCGUCAUUUUCAUCUGUCUGUUUUGUCCUCGCUCGUCUUCGUCUCCUCUGUUCAUCUUCCUAUGUCAUCGCACUUAUUCGGCUUUCGGGCAUCCUUUUCAUCUCCCUUUCUUUUGGCCUCGCUCAUUUUCAUUCCCUCCUCGCUCUUUUUCAUUUUUCUUUCUUUUGGCUGGACUCACUUCUAUUCAGCUUUCUCCCCUCUUUUUCUACUUCCUUUCGUUGUCGACUAUUUCCACUUUACGUCCCACCUCGCUUCUGUUUUUUUUUUUCCUGUUCCACCUCGAUUAUUUUCAUCGUUCUUUGUUCCAUUCUUUUCUCGAUCCACUCAUCUUUUUCGUUAUUCGCUCCCUCCUCCUUCCCGUCAUUCUCCAAUCUCUUGGUUGUCCGUGUCAAAGACAAAAUUGAAUCACCAAUUACGUUUCCUACCAGACGUUUUCUGCUCCUUUUCGCGAUCUGUUCCGCCAUCAUUAAUACAACCAGCGCCUGUUUGAAACCACUUCACCGCCAUCUUCGUAACUUCAUUAUUCUUUUACCUUUUCAACUUCUUCCGUUGCCAUCGCUUUGCUUCAUGUACGUUCAUUAA